CCGGCUCCGUCCCGCAUCUUGUUGACUUUCCUCCCACCUCGAGGUGGCAAGCUGCAAGCUACUAGAUCAAGUCCAGAGGAAACCAUGGCAGAUACGACUGUCUUACGCAAGGAUCAGCUGGAGAUCAGCUUGCACAAUGAGAAAAAGCUGAUCAAGGAAGGCACCAUCAAGGAUGACAACCCGCUAGACCUGAGUGAGCCAUUCCGUGAACUUUGCAGUGCUUGCCGGAGGGGCGAUCUGAAAGUCUGCCAGGAGAAAAUCACCGAGGGCGUCAAUGUGAACGCUCGCGAUUUGUAUGAUUAUACGCCAUUGAUCCUGGCCAGUCUAUGCGGACACUAUGAAGUCGCGCAACUAUUACUUGAAUCAGGCGCACUAUGUGAGCGAGAUACGUUUCAAGGAGAAAGAUGUUUAUACAAUGCCUUGAACGAUCGGAUACGCAACCUCCUUCUCGAGUACGACUAUUCCAAGUCGACGGACCCACUCCAGCCCCUUGCUGCGCAUAUUGCCUCGUUACUCACUCGAGAGUCCCCUGUGACAACUGAUAUUACCGUCGCCGUCGCCGACCAGGAAAUCGCCCUUCAUAAAUUCAUAUUGGCCGCCCGCUCUCCCUACUUCCGUGCCAAGCUUGCCCCUGCUCCAGAAACCACAACAUGGAAGCUCCCCAGUACGACCCCACCGGAAGCAUUUGCUGCUGCGAUCCGAUAUCUAUACCUGGGUGAAGCUCCGCGUGAAUUAAGGAGUGGACCGGGCACUGGGUUCACAGAAUCCGAAGUCUUCACGGGCAUCGAUAAGAUCUCCAAACACCUUGAAAUCGAAAGUCUUAUGGAUAGCCUCCUGGACAGCGGGGAUAGGCGGCGCGCGAGGCAACGGAGGACCGUGGAGCUCGGCAAGGGCCGAGAUCAGUUCGAAGAGUGGUUCCGGGAGAAUGUCCUGGGUAACCGGGUGGUUAUUGAGACAUCAAAGGUUGAUGAAGUCAAGUGGGACCGCAACAAUGCAAUCUUUGCAGAUGUCCUCCUGCGAGCAGAUGAGCUGCCAGACGAGGAUGACGGCGCUACAGACGAAGUCCCAAAAUCUACGUUGUUUCCCUGCCACAGGGCGAUGCUCCUCCGAUCGGAGUUCUUCCAGGCAAUGUUCACGUCCUCGUUCCGAGAAGCGCACAUCAAGGAUCAGCUGCACAUUAUCGAUGUUGACUGCGCGCCGGACGUUCUAGAGAUUAUCUUGACAUUCUUAUACACCGAGCGGGCAGAUUUCCCUCUGGAAAUAGCCGUCGACGUUUUGUUCGCCGCCGACAUGCUCUUCAUCGAGAAGUUGAAGACCAAGGCAGCUGUUGUCAUCAGCACCUUGGGUAGUGGAGUAUCUCAGUCUGAAGCAGCCAGGACUCGCGGUACCAAGGACGAAGACGACAUCGAUAUUUAUGCGAUUAUCCGAGCCGCUUGGUUAACUCGCGUCCAGCGUCUGGAAGAGUUUGCCGCUCGCUUCCUCGCAUAUAGGCUGGAGGCCCACAUUGAUUCGCCCGAGUUCGCGGAGUUGAUCAACGAGUCUGCGGCUCGCAUUCAGGCACGUCAGGAAACUGAUUCCAUCGAGUUGCUGGAUGAUAUCCGCUUUUACCUCAAUGAGCGUUUCAGAUUGCGAUUCGACGAUGCUGGUCUUGACGAGUUGAUGGAAGAGCAGCCGCCAAUCGCGCAGUCUGAAGAUAUAGGAGAGAUUACGGAAGGAGUUGAGGCGAUGAAUGUCGCCAAGUCCACGCCUGCGACUACUUCGCUUGAUGCGCUGACUCUGCAAUCGAAUGGGUAUACCCGGGAGAUUCGGACAUUGGAUGGUGCAAUCGUUGAGGACGAAUUUGACGAGGACGCGAUGAACUACCAGAUUCUGUUGGAGAAGCUGGAUGCCCUCCUAGAGAGAUUGAACCUGGAUGCGUAA